AUCAGUUUGAUUCAAAAAAAAAUCUACUAAAAGAAACUCCCUAUGAUGAACUUGCCAAUGGGUACUAGAAAAACUACGAUGCCAUGUGUUAUGGAGGAGGCACCGUAUAUCUUCCCCAACGGAUCACCUACCCUCGUCGAGUUGUUGAAAGACUGCGACAGUUUCCGUAAGGAAGAUCACAUCUCCGUCACCAGAAGCGAUGACACGUCUCAUCACAUCAUAGAUAUCGAAGCAUUACACGUACGAGAACCUGUCCCGUUCGUCUUAUCCUUUAAUAACCUCGAAUACAGUGUCACUCUUCGCCAACGGUUUGGUUUCUCAAGCUCCACUUCGGUGAAGACCCUACUCGAUGACGUUUCCGGUGAGGCAUGCGACGGCGAUAUCCUCGCCGUUCUCGGUGCAAGUGGAGCUGGAAAGUCCACGUUGAUCGAUGCGUUAGCGGGACGUGUUGCCAAGGAGAGUCUAAGAGGGUCCGUGACACUAAACGGAGAGAAGGUUUUGCAAACUAGUGUGUUGAAAGUGAUAUCAGCUUACGUCAUGCAAGACGAUCUCUUGUUUCCCAUGCUGACCGUUAAAGAAACACUUAUGUUCGCUUCUGAGUUUCGUCUCCCGAGAAGCUUGUCCAAGUCCAAGAAAAUGGAACGUGUUGAAGCCCUAAUAGACCAGUUAGGGCUAAGGAACGCGGCUAAUACAAGAAUAGGAGAUGAAGGACACCGUGGAGUCUCCGGUGGAGAGCGGCGGCGUGUAUCAAUAGGUAUCGACAUUAUCCACGACCCUAUCGUGUUGUUCCUCGACGAGCCUACGUCGGGGCUGGAUUCCACCAACGCAUAUAUGGUGGUGCAAGUUCUUAAACGUAUAGCUCAGAGUGGCAGUAUCGUAAUUAUGUCGAUACAUCAACCUAGUGCAAGAAUACUUGAUUUGCUUGACCGUCUUAUCAUCUUAUCUCGAGGCAAGACUGUGUUCAAUGGAUCUCCGGCGUGUCUCCCUUCUUUCUUCUCCGACUUUGGACAUCCCAUCCCGGAGAGGGAGAACAUCACCGAGUUCGCACUUGACCUAGUUCGAGAGCUUGAAAGACAAGCCCCCGAAGGAACUAGAGAGCUAGUAGAGUUCAGCGAAAAAUGGCAGAAAAAGAACUUCGCUCGAGACACAACACAAACUGCAUCUGAACAAGCCUUGUCCUUAAAAGAAGCCAUCGAUGCAAGUGUGUCUAGAGGCAAACUAGUCUCCGGCUCAUCAGGAUCCAACCUCUUGUCCAUGGAGACAGUAUCUUCAUACGCAAACCCGUCGCUCUUUGAAACAUUCAUCUUGGCCAAACGUUACAUGAAAAACUGGAUUCGGAUGCCGGAGCUUGUCGGAACACGGAUAGCAACCGUCAUGGUGACUGGUUUUCUCUUAGCCACUGUGUACUGGAAGCUAGACAACACUCCAAGAGGUGCACAAGAGAGAUUAACCUUCUUCGCAUUCGUUGUGCCCACAAUGUUUUAUUGCUGUUUAGACAACGUCCCUGUUUUUAUCCAAGAACGUUACAUCUUCUUAAGAGAGACAACACACAACGCAUACAGAACAUCUUCAUAUGUCAUAUCUCAUUCGCUGGUGGCCAUGCCUCAGUUAAUUGCACCGUCUAUAGUAUUUGGAUCAAUCACAUUCUGGACCGUUGGUUUGAACGGUGGGUUACAAGGUUAUUUCUUCUAUGUCCUCAUAAUCUAUGCUUCGUUUUGGUCUGGUUCCUCUGUUGUUACUUUCAUAUCUGGUGUUCUUCCGAACAUCAUGUUGAGUUACAUGGUCGCAAUAUCCUACCUAGCGUAUUGUUUACUCUUGAGUGGAUUCUACGUGAACCGAGAUCGUAUACCCAUCUACUGGAUGUGGUUUCACUACAUUUCACUGCUCAAGUUUCCUUACGAGGCUGUCUUAAUCAACGAGUUUGAUGACCCGUCUCGUUGCUUUGUUAAGGGAGUUCAAGUGUUCGAUGGUACUCUUAUCGGAGGAGUGUCUGAUACGGGAAAGGUUAAGCUCCUACAAACUCUGGGAAUGUCUCUAAGGAAGAGGAUAACGGAGUCAACAUGUUUAAGGACUGGGUCUGACUUACUUGUACAGCAAGGUAUUACUCAAUUGAGUAAGUGGGACUGCUUGUGGAUUACGUUUGCUUGUGGCCUCUUUUUCAGGAUCUUGUUUUACUUUGCUUUACUGUUUGGGAGCAAAAAUAAGAGGACGUGAGGUAGUCGGGCCCCACGAAUAAGUAUGUGCGUUAGGUACAUAUUUAUGUGAAGCUUUUUGAACUUAAUUCGAAGUAGCUUCUCGAACGGUGGUUGUAUACUAAUAGUAGUAACAUUUAUGAUCGUUUUAUCUCUUUGUAUUUUUUUCUGUAAUAUUGAAAAAAAAAGAAAGCAUUUAUAUAGUUUUCCAAGUCA